AUGGUGAUAUUUGUGAUUUUGCAGGUGGAUCAUGCAGAUGCUGCAAUUCCAACUAAGCUGAGGCAAGAGCCUGAAAAUGAAGGAUCCCGUGGACAACAUGAUAUUGAAAUCAAUGCUGGCUAUGUUAAUCCGGCUUCUUCUUUAAGUAGAAAAUCUCAAGGGAUGGUACUUGCUCCCAGAUUUAAGAAGAUUAUACCUAAACUGAUUUCAGAAAAUCAAGGAGCUUUUAUAGCUGAUAAACAAAUCUUGGAUGAAAUUUUAACUGCUGGGGAAUUGAUUGAUUCAAGAUUUAAAUCAAAACAACCAGGGGUACUGUGCAAACUAGAUAUUCAGAAAGCUUUUGAUAAUGUAAGUUGGCAUAUAAUGAGUAAUGUGCUUAAAAGUUCUGGCUUUGGAGAUAAAUGGAUAAGCUGGAUGCAAUGGUGUGUUUCCUCUGCUCAACAGUCAAUACUGGUGAAUGGAAGUUCAACUACAAGAUUCAAGCCACAAAAAGGGAUUAGACAGGGAGAUCUUCUCUCCCCUUUUUUAUUCAUAUUAAUACCUGAAAUUUUCACAAAAUUGAUGAAGAAUGCAGUUCAACUAAACAUGAUCUCUGGUUUUUCAAUUAACUCAGUGCAAGUCUCACACUUACAAUAUGCAGAUGAUACAUUAGUUUUUCUCAAUGGUUAUGAAGAGGAAUCUGAAAAUUUGGUGAUUAUAUUGCAAAUUUUUGAAGCCAUAACUGGUUUGAAGGUAGCAUGGGAGAAAGCUUGCAAACCCAAAAGUCUUGGAGGUUUAGGCAUUAAAAACUUAAAACUCACAAAUAAAGCUUUAUUAGCAAAAUGGUCAUGGAGAUUCUCCAAAGAGAAGAAGCAAUUAUGGAGAAGAAUAAUACAUGAGAAGAUGCAAACUCAAGAGAAUGCAAUAUGGGUGAAGGAUUCAAAUAAACCACAAGGAAAGAGAAUGUGGAAGAAUAUACAAAAACAAAAACAGGUGGUGGAACAGAUUACAACAACUCACUUAAACAAAGGAGAUUCAGUUAGUUUUUGGUGGGAUGCUUGGGCUGGUACACAAUCCCUGAAGAUUCAAUUUCCAAACAUUUAUAAGAUUGCAACAAGCAAAAAUGCAACAAUAAAAGAGAUGAUAUCCAACAAUGCUUGGAAUUUGAAACUCAGAAGAAAUUUAACACAACGGGAGAUUCCAGAAAUGAUGGCUUUGUUUGCAACUUUAGGUACACCUCCUUAUCUGAAUGAAGAAGAAGAAGAAGACGAAUUAGUUUGCACAACAACUGGAGGUUUCAAUGUACAACUCUGCUACAAAUGGUUGAUUGAACAACUUCCGGUAACCCCAGCUACUCAUUCUCCAGUAUCAUACUCAUGCAUUUGGAUACAAGGAGUUCCUACAAAAGUUCAGUUCUUUAUUUGGACUGCAGCUCAAAAUUCGAUUGCUACAACAGAUAAUCUGAAACGGUGGAUCAUCUCUUACUACAUUGUACUUAUGCGCAAACAAUUUGGAAUUAUUUCGUUGGAGGAUUCAAUAUUAGAUGGGUCCAAGCGGGUUCUUUGA